UUGGAAACCAGCGAUCACGAGAGUAUUCCAAAGCAAGGGAAAUCGGAUCAACCGAAAGGGACAGCAAAAGCCUCUCCAAGAGCUUUCAAGGAAACUUGUGAUCAGUAUUUCAAACUCAUCAUCCAGAUCCACCGCAAGCUACAGUAAUGCCCCCACAGUUGAAGACCAAGCUGAACAUCAUCCCCAAGGUUAUCCAGGGGGACUUGCAGAGCCUGCCUCCAGAAGUGAGAGAGUUCAUUGAAAGUAAUGCCAAGCUGUGCCAGCCUGAGAGCAUUCACAUCUGCGAUGGCUCAGAAGAAGAAAACCAAAAAAUUCUGGACGUCAUGGUAGAACAAGGCAUGAUCAAGAAGCUGAGCAAGUAUGAGAACUGCUGGCUGGCUCUCACUGAUCCAAGAGACGUGGCAAGAAUUGAGAGCAAAACUGUCAUUAUCACUCAAGAACAGAGAGAUACCACUCCAAUCCCUAAAACUGGAACUAGCCAGCUGGGCCGGUGGAUGUCAGAAGAAGAUUUUGAGAAAGCCUUCAAUACCAGAUUCCCAGGCUGCAUGCAAGGACGUACAAUGUAUGUCAUCCCCUUCAGCAUGGGGCCUGUCGGGUCUCCUCUGUCCAAGAUCGGGAUUGAACUAACGGAUUCACCAUAUGUAGUGGCCAGCAUGAGGAUCAUGACACGAAUGGGAACAGCUGCUUUGAAAGCUCUGGGCAAUGGGGAGUUUGUAAAAUGCCUUCACUCGGUUGGAUGCCCUCUACCACUAAAAGAACCGCUAAUCAACAACUGGCCGUGCAACCCAGAGUUAACACUGAUUGCUCAUCUCCCGGAUCGCAGAGAGAUCAUUUCAUUUGGCAGCGGUUACGGAGGAAACUCCUUACUGGGGAAAAAGUGCUUUGCUCUCAGAAUUGCCAGCAGAAUCGCCAAGGAAGAGGGCUGGCUAGCUGAGCACAUGCUGAUCCUGGGCAUUACAAAUCCAGAGGGUGACAAGAAAUAUUUUGCUGCAGCAUUCCCAAGUGCAUGUGGAAAGACAAACUUAGCCAUGAUGAACCCAAGUCUGCCAGGAUGGAAAAUCGAGUGCGUGGGGGAUGAUAUUGCCUGGAUGAAAUUUGAUGAACAAGGCAACUUAAGGGCAAUCAAUCCAGAAAAUGGCUUUUUUGGUGUCGCCCCCGGAACUUCGAUCAAAACAAACCCCAAUGCCAUUAAAACCAUAUCCAAGAACACCAUCUUUACCAAUGUAGCUGAAACCAGUGAUGGAGGUGUCUACUGGGAAGGCAUUGAUGAGCCAUUGCCAUCAGGAGUAACACUGACCUCAUGGAAGAACAAGGACUGGACCCCAGAUAAUGGGGAACCUUGUGCUCAUCCCAAUUCACGAUUCUGCACCCCAGCCAGCCAGUGCCCCAUCAUAGACCCUGCGUGGGAGUCACUGGAAGGUGUGCCCAUUGAAGCCAUCAUAUUUGGAGGCCGCAGACCUACUGGUGUGCCUCUUGUGUACGAGGCCUUUAACUGGCAGCACGGAGUAUUUAUAGGAGCAGCUAUGAGAUCUGAAGCAACAGCAGCUGCUGAGCACAAAGGCAAAAUCAUUAUGCACGAUCCAUUUGCCAUGAGACCUUUCUUUGGCUAUAACUUUGGCAAAUAUUUAGCCCACUGGCUCAGCAUGGCACAUCGUCCAGCCGCAAAACUACCAAAGAUCUUCCACGUUAACUGGUUCCGGAAAGACAACCAAGGGAAAUUCCUGUGGCCUGGCUACGGAGAGAAUUCCCGUGUGCUGGAGUGGAUGUUCAACAGAAUUCAAGGGAAAGCCUCUGCCAAGCCAACUGCCAUAGGUUACAUCCCUGCUGACACUGCUUUGAACCUGAAGGGUUUAGAAGAAGUCCGCUUGACUGAACUGUUUGAGGUCUCCAAAGAGUUCUGGGAAAAGGAGGUGGAAGAAAUCAAACAGUACUUUGAGGGGCAGAUCAAUGCUGACCUUCCCUAUGAAAUAGAAGGAGAAGUGCUUGCCUUGGAAAAGAGGAUAAAACAGUUGUAGUUGAUCAGCACACAUUUAUUUAUGAAUCCAUACAUACUAAAACAGGACAAACACGUUUUAGCAGAUCUUCACUGGGAGUACCAUACUGAUGGGCAGGGGUUUAUGCUGAAAAGUAGGUCUUAGUUUAGUUAAACUAUAGAUGCAUCCUAGAAGUAACUCCAGCCCUAAUGAUUUAUAACUACAUCACAGUUAUGGUGAAUAAGUGAGCAGUUAUGGGAAUGUAUGUGCACAUGCUCUUAAAAACUGAUUUGUCAUUUGCAUGCACAAUUCUGCAUACAGCUAUAAUGUGCUUAAAUUAUUUGCAUACAGUUUUGCCUAUACAAUUCUAAAACAAUCCACCUCUAAGGGCAACACACUUUCUAUUGCACAAACCACUAAAGACAGAUUAAUUUUUUAAUAUUUCAACAGUAUCGGUUACAAGAAAGAAAGAAAAUUGGAUGUUGUAUAUAUGUAUUAUCUAGAUGUAUUUCAUGGCUUAAAUAUUUUUUAGAAAAAUGAGGUUGUAACUUUUAUCAGAGUGAAAGAUGACUUUGUAUUACUAAUGUGUAUUUAAGAUAUUGUUAUUAUAUAUGCCUCAUGUUCCUGUGAUUUCCAGAUGUUUUGCAUGGCUUGUUCUUUAAACUAUUGAAAUAAAUGUUUAUAUGAAAUAUGA